ACAGAUACAGUCUAUACUAUCCAUUUCAUAGUCAUUAAGAUUUGGCAUUUGCGCAGUAUCUUAAAGAAUCUUACAUAAAAAUCCAGAAGGAUUGUCCAGAUGAAUUCCUUACAUCUAGCAGAUGGUGAGUAAUAUGAUCAAUUAAGUCUGUGCUGUGAAAGGAAGUGGCUUUACAAAAGGUAAAUGCUUAUGGAAAUUGCAGAAUGUCUAUAAGAUGUACGUCAUACAGUGUCAUCGAUGGAGACCAUGUUAUAUCAAUUCUUCUCUAAGAAAACUUUUUAUUUUAGGUUCCGAGAAACCAGCGGAAGUGAAAGGUCGGGCGCGUCUAUAUAGCAUGGUGUUUUGCCCUUUUGUUAUGAGAAUACAUCAUGUGCUCAGUCUGAAACAGAUUCCAUACGAUAUUGUCAAUAUCAAUUUACAGAAAAAGCCGCAGUGGUUUCUCCAAAUUAAUCCAGUAGGCAAGGUACCGGUUUAUGUAGAUUCGGACGGUACAGUAGUAAUGGAAUCUGUCACAGUGGCGAACUAUCUGGACGAGAAAUACCCUGAGCCUCCUCUGUACAAUGAAGAAACAAAAAGUCGCGAUUUGGAACUGAUAGAUCAUUUAUCCAAGAUUGUAGAUAUUAUUACGAAUAUCUUAUUUGAGAAGGAUAAGAGACAAUUCGAAGAGAUUCUCGCCGAAGUAAUGGAUAACUUACAAAAAUAUGAAGAUGAACUUGAUGUACGCAAGACAACCUUUUUCGGAGGGAGUAAUCCGGGUAUGUUAGACAUUCUAAUGUGGCCUUGGUUUGAUGUUGGAAAGGCUUUAACUCUACUUCAUAAACAGUAUGCAAGUGUUGACACAUACAAGAAGAAAUUUCCCCAUAUGGUGAAAUGGGUAGAAGGAAUGAAAAUCCAGCCGUUUGUUCUAAAAUACAGGAGCUCGUAUAAAAAAUUAGCAAAAUACUUAGAAGCUCGAAGAGCGAACAAUGUUGAUUACAAUAAUAUUUAACGUGAUUUGAAGUUAUUAGCUUGUUUCUAUAAAUAAGUUUAUAUCAAAAUAAUAUGUUG